AUGCUGACUCCAUCAGAUGAAUCUAUAACUACUUCAGCUACAGCUUCGGACAACCCUUUGCUCCAGAAGCUUGGAGCCGAUCAGUUCCGAGCAAGUGUCCGUUUUUAUGAGGCAGACCAGAAACUCACAGAAACUGACAGAGAGCAGAUCGCCGAGGAUCUCAAGUCAAUUCUCUUGAAAACAAAUUUUGUAGGCUAUGGUUCAUCAAUUGUGGGGUUCUUGCUUCCUACAGCCUACUACCGCUUCAAGGGAAUCAAAAUCCAGCCCAUUGCAGCUCCUGGAAUGAAACCAUAUACUCCAUUGGUACAAAGGCCGUUUCUUUCCUUCUUGAUGGGACUCACAACUCUUUUGGUAGCAAAUCAACAAGCUGCUAAGUACCAGUUUCAACAGAAACUCAAUAGUUACAGAGACACUUAUACAGAGUCCAACCAGGCCGAUGCUUGGAAAGCUAUGGAUUACCACCAGUCUGGACUUUUCUACUUGUACUACUUAAGGACAGCAAAAGACCCUAGUUUUAUCAUCAAAGACCCCCGUACUUACUCCAAGGAGCAACAGCACCAGGUCAGAGUUGUUCCUCCGAGAGAAAACAGGUCCCAUUUCCUGGAAUCGCUAGGCUUGGGCCACAGAAAGAGCGAAGAUCAUGCUAGCAAUGAGCCACAUGUUUUGUCUCAAUGGGACAAGAUACGUGUAGCCAAUGGG